AUCCCCAUAUGGGUAUGGGUCUGGGGUCAGACUUGAGAGCUCCCCUCCUUUCUCUUUCACGUUCCCUUAAUCCUAUCUUCUUCCUUCCUUCCCCACAUUACCUCUCUCUCUCUAUAUAUCUGUGACUGCGACUGUGAGUGCGCGCAGGCAAGGCAGCGUAGAGAAUAAUAACAAGCAAGUACAGACCACAGAGAGUUAGUAGAGAGGGGGCAAUGGACGUGUAUGGAAUGUCGUCGUCUACCCCCGACCACGUGUUCCGCAUCGACGACCUCCUCGACCUCUCCAACGGCGACCUGUUCUCCUCCACCCUCUCCGCCGCCUCCACCUCCGACGACUCCCUCAACGCCCUCUCCACCACCGCCCUCCCUCCCCCUCCCCCUCCGCCCCUCCCUGAUCUCUCCUUCUCCUUCUCCUCCUCCUCCUCUCCCGCCGCCCCCAUUUUCCCCGACGACUUCUCUUUCACCCCCAGCGAUGACGUGGCCGAGCUAGAGUGGGUCUCGCGCUUCGUGGACGACUCCCUCUCGGACGUCGUCAUCCCGGCGAACUCCGUCGCCGGCACCCUCGCCGUCCGCCCUGACGCCACCGCAUUCUCCGGGAAGCCCCGGACCAAGCGUUCGAGGCCGGUCUGCGGCAACGGGAAGCUGACCGAGGAGAACUCCGCGGACGCCGGGGUGGAGGCGGCGGUGCGGCGGUGCACGCACUGCGCGUCGGAGAGUACGCCGCAGUGGAGGACGGGGCCGCAGGGGCCGAAGACGCUAUGCAACGCGUGCGGGGUGAGGUACAAGUCUGGGCGGCUGGUCCCAGAGUACAGGCCGGCGGCGAGCCCGACUUUCGUGCUGACCCAGCACUCCAACUCCCACCGGAAGGUGAUGGAGCUGCGGCGGCAGAAGGAGCUGUCGCGGCAGGAGCAGCACUACCGCUACCAACAGCAGCAGCAGCAUGACUUCCAGGUGUGCUGAGGAGCCGACAAGUGUCAUCACUGCGUCCAUAGAAGCUUCAACAUCUUCUUCUUCUUCUAGAGAUUACUAUAGAAAUUAAAAUCAUCAAUCAUUUCUGAGUAUUUCUCAAGAGUCUAUCUUAGAGCUAAUGCUUCGCCAUGGCAAUAGAGGAGUGAAGCAGACGACUGAACUGAAACUUUUUUGAAUUUUGGGCUGUAAAUCGUAAUUGGGUCUCUCUCUGUCCUUUUGUUUUGCUAGAUACAAAUUGUUUCUUCUUUUGACUGCCAUUAGAGUCCAAAACUCAACGCUUCUGAGAGAGAGAGAGGGGUGACUUUUCGUGAUGAGAAGGUAACACAUUGCACGUGAUGGCUACUCUGCCUAUGAGCCUGAGGGGAAUAUUCUUCCUCCCUAAA